AUGGAGCCUGCCUCUGGCACUGUUAGAGUGGGAAUCCUAACAGUUAGCGACAGAUGCUCCCGCAGAGAAGCUGAAGAUAAAAGUGGGCCGAAUUUGCAGAGGUUGGUGAAUUCCUCUACUUUGAAUGUAAGUGAGGUACUCUAUGACUGUGUCCCUGACGAACGGGACGAAAUAAGACGAGUUCUUUUGAACUGGAGCGAUGUUGAAGGAUUGCACCUCGUGUUGACGACAGGAGGCACAGGAUUUUCUCCAAGAGAUGUCACCCCUGAGGUUACAGCGGAAGUUAUCGAAAGAUCUGCUCCGGGCCUCUCACUGGGAAUGCUGUGCGGAUCCCUUAAGGUUACUCCCAUGGCCAUGUUGUCCAGGGCUACCUGUGGUAUAAGGAAAGGAACAGUGAUUGUUAAUUUGCCUGGAAGUGUUAAAGGUUCACAAGAAUGUUUCCAAUUUGUUUUACCAGCUUUACCGCAUGCCAUAGAGGUGCUAAGGAAUAGUCCAAAUGUGAGUGUCACCCAUUCAGCAAUGCAACAUGUCUGUCCACACAAGGCUCACAACAAACCAAUACAAGAUCUCAGCAAAGUGGCCGAAAGGGAUCGCCAUUCCCCAUAUCCACUUGUUCAGAUGGAUGAAGCCCUCUCUAUGAUCAUGAAUAAUUCUAACUGCCUCUCAACAACAGUUUUACCCAUAGAAGAUGCUUUAGGUUAUACACUGGCAUCAAACGUCAGUGCAAAAGAACCCCUCCCCCCUUUCCCUGCAUCAGUCAAAGAUGGGUAUGCUGUAUUAGCUUCAGAUGGACCAGGAGAGCGUGUGGUCUUGGGUGCAGUCACUGCAGGGGAAGUAGCUACUUGCAGUGUCAUUUCUGGCCAUGUGAUGCGCAUCAACACUGGUGCACCUCUGCCUCCUGGUGCUGAUGCAGUUGUCCAAGUGGAAGAUACAGAAUUACUUGAAAGUGAUGACGAUGGAAGAACUGAGAAGAAAGUUAAAAUCCUUACAACUCCUAAACCUGGCCAAGAUAUCAGACCAGUUGGUUUUGAUGUCAGUGUAGGGGAACAAGUACUCACAACAAAUCAAAAACUAGGACCAGCAGAACUGGGUCUUUUGGCCUCACUGGGAGUCACCAAAGUAGAAGUUUUCCAAAAGCCAAGAGUUGCUGUGCUUUCUACUGGAAACGAGGUUGUUAAUCCAGGAGAGGAAACCAAAGCAGGGCAAAUCAGGGACAGUAAUAGAAUCGCUUUAAAGUCGCUGAUUAAAAUGCAUGGAUUUGAGGCCCUUGAUUUAAAAAUAGCAGCUGACACACCCCUGGAGUUGGAAUCCUCUCUAAAAAGUGGCUUGGAAAAGGCCGAUGUUCUUGUUUCAUCUGGUGGAGUAUCAAUGGGAGAGAAAGAUUUUCUGAAACCUGUUCUACAAGACAGACUUGGGGCAACUAUCCAUUUUGGGAGAGUUUUCAUGAAGCCUGGUAAACCAGCAACCUUUGCCACAACCAAAAUCAGUGGGAAGAGAAAACUUAUAUUUGCCCUUCCUGGAAAUCCAGUCUCUGCAAUGGUCACUUUCAACCUGUUUGUUCUCCCAGCCCUGCGUAAGAUGUCUGGCUCGGAGCAUCCCCAUCUAACAAAGAUCAAAGCAAAGUUGCCACAACCAGUAAAUCUGGAUCCAAGACCUGAAUAUUACAGAGUCACCCUGUCUUGGAAGCCAGGAGAAGCUAUUCCAUCUGCAAUAUCUACUGGUAGUCAAUGUAGCAGUAGAUUAAUGAGCAUGAGGAGUGCUAAUGCAGUGCUUGAGCUGCCACCUAAGAGUGAAACUCUAACCAGGAUUGAUGCAGGAGAGAUGGUGGAUGCAUUGGUGAUAGGGGAAAUCUAAAUAACUCAAGUGUGAAAAUUAGAAAUAACAAUCCCAAUAUAUUUAAAUGGGUUUGGUUUUUACCAACUUGUCAACUAUCUGCUGAUAACAAUCAUGAUUACCUCAAACAGGUUGUUUGUCCUACAUUUUAAUUUUAAGUGAAUUUUCAGAGGCUGACAAUUCACUUAAGUCUUAAACUAGCCCCAGGUUAUGUCAUCAGGGUCAAUUUACUUGGCAUUCCACACUUUAUGAUUUUCUCCAAAGAAAAGUUUAAUACCUCUUCCAUAAUUUCACUUAAGAAACAAUUCAGGUGGGCAGCUCAGCUCAAACUUUGCAGCUCAAUAAUUUGAGGGAGAAAAUAGAGACUCAUCAUACCUUUAACCCUUUAACUCCCAUGAGUGACCAAGACAGAAUUCCUCCUUACAAUAUCUAUACAAUAUCAAGCAGACUAGUGAUGGGAAUAAAGAAAAAUUUUAAUUAGGGGAUUAUUAGUUGAUCCAAGACCAAAUUCUCCAAACUAACAUUACGAGAACUACAUGGCAGACAGUAAGGAGAAUUACUAAUGAGAUCUUAAGAUGUAUCUAAUCUCACUAUACUGUCAGAUGUUGAUUUUUAUAAUCCAUAGGCAGGAACCUUUAAUACUCAGAAUCAAUUACUUUCUGAGAAACUUAACUCAGAUUGAACAUUAAGAUUGAAAGACAUGAUCAAGAUGGUAGCACUACUCAGUGUUAACCUGAACUAAUUAUGUCCUGAGCCACACCAAUCGCAAGGACAGAUCUGUAAUUGUGUGACAGAAUCUCUAAUAUAUUGGUCAAUGUAAUAAAAUGUAACACUUUGAAUAAUUCAAUGCUUUGUUUUUUUAUGGUGAGGAUACUUAGGUUUGUUCAUUAUUGAUUUUUGUGAAAACCAGGAAACUGUGAACUUUUUGAUUUUAUUCUGACAGCUCACACAUGAGAACUGACCAAUCACAAUAAAGUUCCUUAUACAUAAGCAAACAUCAAAACCUCAGACUAAUUACUAUUGCUGUUGGUGGCACAGAUCCCUCUGCCUUAUUACCUCUUUCUUUGAAACACAAUUAUUACAGCUUUCAAUCAAUUUUUCCUUUGUUCUUUCAUGUGGUCACACUUCUUGUUUUUAGUUUCACAGUAAUUUGUAGCCCCCCAAAAAUAGGUCUGAUCCUUUGAGACAAAAAACUCGACUUCAGUUAUGCAGAUCAAGGGUACUUUUAUUUUUCUUGUACGCAAAACUCACUACCCUACCCUCCCUGGAGAUAUGGAUGUUUAGUCUGCGCAACCCACAGUACGCAUGUACGUGUCGUAAACUAAAGCUUUUCGUCUUCCGGUGAAACCGCCGAAGUAGGUGAUUGAAGAAGGAUGAGUAAUUCGUUAGGACUUUUUCUCGGCGGGAUUUUCGCACUUGUCGUCGCAGGAUACAUUGCUCAAAGUCGUCUACCUCCUCCCAAACCCAAAAUUAUCGGCAUAGAUUUAGGAACAACGUUUUCUUGCGUCGGAGUUUAUCAAGCAAUCACAGGACAUAUUGACAUACUGGCUAAUGAAAAUGGCACCAAAGUCAUUCCCAGCGUCGUUGCCUUUACCGGUGAAGGAGUGUUGGUGGGAAAAAGAGCCUUAGAUCAAGCUGAACUGAAUCCAAGAUCGACGAUAUACGAUGCCAAACGAUUUAUUGGAAAGACGUUUUCGAAGGAAGACUUAAAAAAGUUGUCUUCUCUCUACCAGUUUAAAAUCACUUCUGACGAAAAGAACAAUCCUAAGUUCGUGGUCGAAAGUCAUGGCAACGUUACUUUAGUAUCGCCAGAAGAAAUUGGAGCGGCUAUUUUGAGGGAGUUGAAGCGAACUGCCGAAAGAAACAUCAGCAGGGCAGUGAAUCAAGCUGUAAUGUCGGUCCCAGCAGAAUUCAGUAUGGCACAGAGAAAUGCAACGAUCAAGGCAGCUUCUCUAGCUGGGAUCAAAGUUGUACGGCUUAUAAAUGAGCCCACAGCGGCAGCUAUGGCAUACGGACUUCAUAAAAAGGAACGAGUUUCUAAUGUUAUGGUUGUUGACUUGGGUGGUGGAACAUUGGACGUUUCAUUGCUUAACAUUCAAGGGGGAAUGUUUGUAACUAUGGCCAUGGCUGGAAACAACCGGCUAGGUGGUCAGGAUUUCAAUUCAAGACUCAUGUCUUACCUAAUGUCUGUUAUAGAAGAUAGGUUUGGUGAGGAACUCACAAAUGCUGAAGAUAUACAGCGUCUGAGACAAGAAGUUGAAUCAACAAAAAUUAACCUGACAACAGAGGCAGCAGUGACUAUAAGAUUGCCUCUGCCUUCUCUGGAUCAUGGGGACAAACAUGUCCUUUUCGAGGAAAUAAUCACAAGGUUAACUUUUGAAAAGUUAAAUGAAGACUUGUUUCAGAAAGUACUACAGCCCAUCAAAAGGGUAUUAAAAGAAGUUGACCUUCCAAAAGAAGAUGUUGAUGAAGUGGUUCUAGUUGGAGGAUCGACGAGGAUUCCUAAGGUGCGGCAGCUUAUUGAAGAAUACUUCAAUGGAAAGAAACCUAAUGUUGCCAUAGACCCAGAGCUGGCAGUAGCCACAGGGGUGGCGAUACAGGCUGGCAUCAUUGGUGGAAUGUGGCCUCUUCAGGUGUCAGCCUUGGAACUUCCAAAUCACAAUCUCAGAAAGAUUCAGAUUGAGUCCUAA